AUGGAUUAUAAUUCUUCAUCAAUUCAUAUUGAAGAUUUCAAUAAAACAAAAUUAAAUUCAUUAAUUAAAUCGAAUUAUUCAUCAAGAUUAAUCAAUAAUAGUCAAACUCAAUCAAAUUUAAAUUGCCAAUUAACACAUAUAAAUAUUCAUGAAAAUACUCAAGAUCAAACUAAACAUCCUAGAAUAUAUUUAGAACGUCGAUUAAAUCCUAAAUCAUCUAGAUCAAAACGACAACAACAACAACAAUUAGAAAGAAUCUCAAAAAAUGAUUUCGAAAAGCAACGUUCUAUUGCUAAUGUACGUGAACGACAACGUACACAAUCAUUAAAUGAUGCAUUUGCACAUCUUCGUCUUAUUAUUCCAAGAUUACCAUCAGAUAAAUUAUCAAAAAUUCAAACAUUAAAAUUGGCAACACGUUAUAUUGAUUUUCUUUAUAAAAUAUUACAUUCAAAUAAUCAACAAGAAUAUUUUAUUUUUCAUAAAGAAUCACCAUCAACAACACAAUUUAAACAAAAUACAUUAAGUUACGCAUUUUGUAUUUGGCGUAUGGAAGAUGCUUCCUCAAUUCAUCUAUUUACAAAUAAUCAAGAACAUAAUUAUAUUGAUCAUUUAUCAUUUUAUCCUGAUCAUUAUUAA